AUGGCCACCAUCAUAAUGGACAACAACAAUAUUGUGGUGCUCGAUAUACGUUUCCCGACGCUGCCCGUGGUGGAGCUGCAGCGGCACCAGGCGAGCGUGAACGCGAUUGCGUGGACCCCACAUAGCUCGUGCCACAUUUGCACGACCGGAAUUGGAUAUGCUCUUGUUCCAAUGAUUGCCAGGGGAGUUAUGUUGGGCCCUGAUCAGCCAGUUAUACUACAUAUGCUGGAUAUCAAACCUGCUGCUGAGGCCCUUAAUGGAGUUAAAAUGGAAUUGGUUGAUGCGGCUUUUCCUCUUCUUAAAGGUGUUGUUGCUACAACUGAUGCUGUCGAAGCUGGCACUGGCGUCAAUGUUGCUGUAAUGGUAGGCGGGUUCCCGAGGAAAGAGGGUAUGGAGAGGAAAGAUAUGAUGUCCAAGAAUGUCCCUAUCUACAAGUCCCAAGCUUCUGCUCUUGAGAAGCAUGCUGCUGCUAACUGUAAGGUUUUGGUUGUCGCUAAUCCAGCUAAUACCAAUGCGUUGAUUUUGAAAGAAUUCGCGCCAUCUAUCCCUGAGAAGAACAUUACUUGCUUGACAAGAUUGGACCACAACCGGGCCCUUGGACAGAUUUCAGAGAGAUUGAAUGUUCAGGUGUCGGAUGUGAAAAAUGUUAUUAUCUGGGGGAAUCACUCUUCUAUGCAGUAUCCUGAUGUUAACCCUGCUACCGUCAAGACCCCAGCUGGAGAUAAGCCUGUUCGUGAGCUCAUUGCUGAUGAUGCAUGGUUGAAUUCAGAAUUCAUAACCACAGUCCAACAGCGUGGCGCUGCUAUCAUCAAGGCUAGAAAGCUUUCUUGUCCUCUUUCUGCAGCCAGUUCAGCUUGCGAUUACAUUCGUGACUGGGUCCUUGGAACUCCGGAGGGUACUUGGGUUUCUAUGGGUGUAUACUCUGAUGGCUCAUACAAUGUUCCAGCUGGACUUAUUUACUCCUUCCCCGUUACUUGCAAGAAUGGUGAAUGGUCCAUCGUUCAAGGAUGGGUCCCUCACUUCUUCGAGCAGGCAGAGGGAUGA